GCCGUGCCGAGGCAGCGCCGGCAGCAUGAGGAGCGGCGGCGCCGCUGCAGCCGCUGGGUCCGCGGGACAGGCGCAGCAGGAAUAACAUGCAUGGAAGUACUUGCAAUUGUUGAUCACCUGUACCCCAGCACGAGAGCUCCAGCUUAAUCAUUCUCUGCUCUCAGAACAUGGAGGAAAAUGAUGAUGAAAAAUACAAUCAAGCUGGCCAGAUAUUUGAAAACUUUGUACAAGCAUCAACAUGCAAAGGCACCAUUCAGGCCUUCAAUAUUCUCACUCGCCAACUUGACUUAGAUCCUUUGGACAACAGAAACUUUUACACCAAACUGAAAUCAAGAGUGACCACAUGGAAGGCCAAAGCUUUGUGGAACAAGCUUGAUAAGAGAGCAAGUCACAAAGAGUAUAAACGUGGGAAGUCUUGUAUGAACACUAAGUGUUUAAUUAUUGGAGGUGGCCCCUGUGGCCUGCGGACUGCCAUAGAACUUGCCUUCCUGGGAGCCAAGGUUGUCGUUGUGGAGAAGCGGGACACUUUCUCCAGGAACAAUGUGCUGCAUCUCUGGCCCUUUACCAUCCACGACCUUCGGGGACUGGGAGCAAAGAAAUUUUAUGGCAAGUUCUGUGCAGGAUCUAUUGAUCACAUCAGUAUUCGACAGCUUCAACUCAUCCUCUUCAAAGUUGCACUUAUCCUUGGAGUGGAAAUUCACGUGAACCUGGAAUUCGUGAAAGUCCUGGAGCCUCCUGAAGAUCAAGAAAACCAAAAGAUGGGUUGGAGAGCUGAGUUUCUCCCCAUGGAUCACCCUUUGUCAGAGUAUGAAUUUGAUGUUAUCAUUGGUGCAGAUGGCCGCAGGAACACAUUGGAAGGCUUCAGGAGGAAGGAAUUUCGUGGAAAGCUGGCUAUAGCAAUCACUGCCAAUUUUAUAAACAGAAAUACAACUGCAGAAGCCAAGGUAGAAGAAAUCAGUGGGGUUGCUUUCAUCUUCAAUCAGAAGUUCUUCCAGGACCUGAAGGAGGAAACGGGGAUUGACCUGGAGAAUAUCGUUUACUACAAAGACAGCACGCAUUAUUUUGUGAUGACAGCAAAAAAGCAGAGUCUUCUGGACAAAGGAGUGAUUAUUAACGACUCCGUUGAUACCGAGCUGCUGCUCUGUGGGGAAAAUGUGAACCAGAGCAAUUUGCUGUCCUACGCCAGAGAAGCUGCUGACUUUGCAACCAACUACCAGCUGCCUUCCUUGGAUUUUGCAAUUAAUCAUUAUGGCCAACCAGAUGUAGCAAUGUUUGAUUUUACCUCCAUGUAUGCAUCUGAAAACGCUGCGCUGGUGAGAGAGAGGCACAGACAUCAGGUCCUGGUGGCUCUUGUUGGAGAUAGUUUGCUUGAGCCCUUCUGGCCGAUGGGCACUGGCUGUGCAAGAGGCUUCUUGGCUGCCUUUGACACGGCGUGGAUGGUGCGGGGCUGGGCGCAGGGGAAGCCCCCGCUGGAGAUCCUGGCUGAACGGGAGAGCAUUUAUCGACUCUUACCUCAGACGACCCCUGAAAACAUUAAUAAGAACUUUGACCAGUACACCAUUGACCCGGGAACAAGAUACCCGAACUUGAACUCGAGCUGUGUUCGACCUCACCAGGUGAGACAAUUAUAUGUUACUAAUGAGCUACAGCAGUGUCCUCUUGAAAGAGUGAGCUCCAUUAGAAGAUCAGUGAACCUCACAAGACAGGAGUCAGAUAUUCGGCCUAACAAGCUUUUGACGUGGUGCCAGAAGCAGACGGAGGGAUACCGAAACGUCCAUGUCACUGACCUGACCAGCUCCUGGAGGAGUGGCCUUGCUCUGUGUGCCAUCAUCCAUCGCUUCAGGCCUGACCUCAUCGACUUCGAGGCCCUGAACGAAGAGGAUGUGGUGAGGAACAACCAGCUGGCCUUCGACGUGGCCGAGCGGGAGUUCGGGAUCCCCCCGGUGACCACGGGCCAGGAGCUGGGCUCGGCCGGGGAGCCCGACAAGCUCAGCAUGGUGCUCUACCUGUCCAAGUUCUACGAGCUGUUCCGCGGCACCCCUCUGCGCGCAGUCGAUGCUGCUGAGAAGCAAAAUGGAGAAAAUAAUGAUCCUGGUUCAUCAAAAUCAUCAAAUUUCAUCUUUAAUAAUUAUAUCAAUUUAACUUUACCAAGAAAACGAGUACCAAAGGCUGAAGGGAAAACAGAAGAAAAUGAGACGAACAAGAGGCGUCGGAAGGGCCUCUUCGGCGUCUUUGAGCAGACUUCAGGCUUUCCAAGCCAGGGAACAAACAAUGGGAAAGAACAGAGUGAAUGCAGAGAAGGAAUGAACCAGAACAAAGUCAAAUCAAUGGCAACUCAGCUGCUGGCAAAGUUCGAAGAGAAUGCUUCAAAUACAGUUCUGAGGAGACAGGAGCUAACAGAUAGACCAGCCCUGCUCUCCUCUGACCCUCCAGUUAAUCCUCGCUUUGCUAAACCUAUGGAUCCAAGCCUUCUUCCACCUCAACCAAAAAGGCAGUUUCAGGUGGUAGCUAGGAGUGAACACGAGGUCAGGGAACCCAAACAGUCUUUAAAUGGUUCUGAUCAUAUGGCCAGGAGAGCAAAGACUGUGCACAAAACAGAUCCCCAGCCCAGUCUGUCAGAAACCUCUGAAAAUCUCGCCUCUGCCUGUUCUGCUGCAUUUGUACUUUCUGGAGUGCUUGAGCGUCUUCAGCACCUGGAGGAAAAAAUGAAACAGAAAAGAGCUCAGAACAUAGCAAAUAGGGAAUUCCAUAAAAAGAACAUUAAAGAGAAAGCAGCACAUCUCGCCUCAAUGUUUGGAUACAUGGAGUUUCCAAAGAAUAAGCUACCUACUAAAGGCUUGCCCCAUUCUCAGCCCCCAGCUCCCUCUUGCCCUCCGCCUCAUCAUUCAGCUGUUGCUACUUCAUCAUCUGUUGGUUCAGCUUCCUCUGCUGUUUCUUCUCAACAGGGUUCUCUGCGAAAAGAAUUCCCCAAGUCCAUUGGGGGCAGUGACAUCUGCUAUUUCUGCAAGAAACGGGUCUAUGUCAUGGAGAGGCUGAGUGCAGAGGGCCACUUCUUUCACAGGGAGUGCUUCAAGUGUGAAAUCUGUUCCACAACACUCCGCUUAGGAAUUUAUGCCUUUGAUGUUGAAGAAGGUAAAUUUUACUGUAAACCUCAUUUUACGCACUGCAAAAUGAGUACGAAACACAGAAAGAGAAGGGCAACAAUACAGAUCCAUGGAAAGGAGGCGAUAGACGCAUGGAAGAAGGUGGAAGCCAAACCCACAGAGAUCACCACAGAAAGCAGUUUGUCCACUGCUAGCAGUCCAGAGGACAGGUCCCCAGGUAUCCUGACUUCCUUCUUAGGGGGCACGCUAAGCUGGCCCCUGCGGGUGACCAGGGAUCUGCUUGACAUUCCCAGCCGCCUGUCUAACUGGAUGCAUGGUUUCCUGCACGCUACCCACCUCCAUUUCAGGGACAAUGCAUAUAACUAUACCUACCUGUACGAACUCCUGAGCCUUGGGGUGCCAUUCCUCUGUGCUCUCCUAGAGGUACUCACUCACAUGUACCAGGAAGCAGAGCUGUCACUUGAAAACGUGCUUGAAUGGGUGAAAAGAUUCUGUAGGGUUUGAAUCUUUCCGUGUGUCUUGCUCAGUUGUGCCUUUCAAAUUUUCGAAAUUAACAGCCUGGCUAUUUUCUCGAGGGGAAUUUUUGGUUUGGAGGGCUUUGUUUUUGCUCUUCGUGCAAUGUGACGCAUGACUUCAUUGAAUGGUGGAUUCCUUCUGAUAGAAGCGAGGUACAAUUGAAAUUUUCAACACAAAAUAUACUGUAUGUUAGAGCAUGAAGGACAGUGUCCAAACACAUUUCCAGAACAUGGAGUCAGAUGAAGGAUAUUUUCUAGAUUAUUUUCCCUCCUGUUUUAUUCUGUGAUCAGACCAUUGGAGAAGAUGGUACAUUUUGAAACCAUUUUUCUUUCUAUUCUCCCCAGCUUAUUUUUUUCUUUUUUCAGUUAGACCAUGAAAAAAUGUGUGUUCUUUCAGGAAUAUUUCUGACAAAUGGCUGGGAUUUGAAACCUGAGUAAAGCACGUAGCUUUUUUUUCCUUGCUUUCAUCUUUGCUCUAGGUUAUGAGAUUUUUACUUGCAUGAAUAUGUUUCAAAAAAAUAGUGUACGUAAUUCACAUUGUUCCAAGUCAAAUGCCUUUUACAUUGCUUUACAUGUGAUGGAUACCUUUUGUUGAUAGUGGGUACUAUCUGUUCUACUAAUUUAUUUGAAGUUUUUCAAUAAAUUUGAAGAGCAAAUCAUAGUUGAGUGAAGGCUUGAUUGAAAUUUUAAGUCAAAGAAACUGGUAGAAAGAAGGAGACCAAACAUUCCUCAAGUCAAGGCUUCCUCAUUUGGUGGCUGAUACGAGGCAUAUCAAUUUAUGGAGCACUCCUCUAUAACUGAAGUCACUCCUGUUGUGCCUCUGGACAGGCAUUGCUCCCAGUCUCUUUUGGAAUUUUUUAAAAAUGCAGGUUUAGAACAAACAUAAAAAACCUAAAAAUGUAUUCUUAGGCAAUAACUUCUUACUUGGGUAAUUCAUUUCAACAUGUGCAGCUGGUAGCAGAAAGGUGAAAUCCUAUUAUCUGGAGCAGCAGAUGAGUAAAUUUCUUUCAGAUGUCCCUCAGUCUUAAUCAGAAGGUCUCCCUUAAUCUGUUAAACUGCAAGGACACAGUGACAUCCCAAUGCUCAUUACUUUCAGCCUAGUUGGCUAGCGAGGUAAGCAUGCUCCCUGCCUUUCAAUUACUUAUUUAUAUUCAGAAGUUUACCAGGAAAUAGGUAAAUCCAAUAUGUAUAACCUAAAAUGAAAAGCAUCUGUAGCAUUUCUUUGUAGCCAGAAGAAUGUGGCAUAAACAAUAGAAAAUACUGUUGCAUUCAGUAAGUACCAAAACUGAGAAUCACCUGCCAGUGGUCUCAAAUGACAGUGCUGCCUAUGGGCUGGCAGGCCUUGGGGUUUGUUGUUUUGCUUUGAUUUUAUUUGAUUUACUAUAAUGUGGGAAAAGAUGAUUUGAAUUGUUUUGCCUCUUAGAUAUGGAAAGGAAAUAUGUCUGCUGUUUAAAAUAAAUGACAAACUGGAUCUUCCUUCUAGAUAGUUUGACUUUCUUUAAACUAUGAGGAUAAACUUUCCACAUUUUAGAGUGGUUAUGUAUUUUAGGGAAAAAAUGUUAUUUUUAUGCACAGAACUUGAAAAAGUGCUUGAAGAAAAUUGUUAGAUAUAAGGUAGCAUUCCAUUGACAAAAAUUGCCUUUAAUGCUCAAACAUGUAUUCAGCCAAACUUUACUAUGACAUUGAGUGGACACAGCAGUAAUUACAGUUACAUGGUGGCCAUCUGUAUAUAUGUAAUGUAUCUGUACCUUUCUUAAAGCAUUUAAAAACCUGACCUGGAAACACUGUACUAUUUUUAAUUAUUUUCUAAUGAUAGAAACUGUU